GUGGAGGCGACGAUAGCUAGCCCCGCUGCUCCAUCCGGCUCCCUCCCUCUUGUUUUUGCUGCGUGAGGGAAGUUGUCAGGCAGUCUUGGCGGGGUAAGGAGGAGUGACUGGGGAGGACGCCUGAGGAGAAACGGAUCCUUUCCUUGCGCUCCCGAAAGCCGGUGAGGCUGCCGCAGUUGCACAGAGGAGGCCUCUUUAUACUGAGAAACAAUGGAAGGAGGAGCAAGUCAAAUGCAACCAUGCAAUGAAAGCCAGAUUUCAAACUCUGAAGGUGGAUGUGCAUGGCAAGUUACAGACAUGACUCGACUGCGCCGUUUCUUGUGUUUUGGUUCUGAAGGAGGUGCUUUCUGUGUCAAGGAACAAAAAUUGAGCUUUGAAAGUGUAGACGCUCUUCUGAGGCUUAUUGAAGGUGGCAAAGGUUAUGAAGCAGUACAGGAGAUAAAGACGUUCAGCCAGGAAGGUAGAGCAGCAAAACAGGAACCAGUAUUGUUUGCGCUUGCCAUUUGUUCACAGUGUUCUGAUGCAAAAACCAAACAAGCAGCUUAUAAGGCUGUCCCUGAAAUUUGUCGUAUACCAACCCACCUCUUCACUUUCAUCCAGUUUAAAAAGGAUCUGAAGGAGGGCAUGAAAUGUGGCAUGUGGGGCCGUGCCCUGAGAAAAGCUGUUGCAAUUUGGUACAAUGGAAAGAAUGACAUGGCUAUUGCUUUAGCAGUGACAGCAUACAAGAAGAAAAAUGGCUGGUGUCAUAAAGACCUUCUUAGGUUAUCACAUCUAAAGCCUGCAAAUGAAGGCCUGGCCAUUGUCACUAAGUAUGUAAUGAAGGGAUGGAAGGAGGUCCAAGAGGCAUAUAAAGACAGCAGGCUUUCUGCUGAGGCUGAAAAAGUGUUGAAGUAUUUAGAAGCAGUGGAAAGAGUAAAGCAUACAACAGAUGAACUGGAAGUGAUUCAUUUGAUAGAAGAGUAUAGUUUAGUUAGAGAACACCUCCUGACAAGUCACUUGAAAUCUAAAGAGGUAUGGAAAGCACUGCUACAGGACAUGCCCUUAACAGCAGUAUUGAAAAACCUGGGAAAAAUGACAGCAAAUUCUGUUCUUGAACCAGGAAGUCCAGAAGUAGCAAUGGUUUGUGAAAGACUAAAAAAUGAAAAACUUCUUAAAAAGGCUCGAAUACACCCAUUCCAUAUUUUGGUUGCACUAGAAAACUAUAAAGGAGAACGUGGUUAUCGGGGAAAACUACGCUGGCAACCAGACAAGGACAUCUUGGAAGCUCUAAAUGCUUCGUUUUACAAGUCCUUCAAGACAGUAGAACCAAUGGGAAAACGUUUCUUGCUUGCAGUUGAUGUUAGUGAUUCUAUGUUGCAAAAGGUUUUUGGUAGUGUACUGAAUGCCAAUACAGUUGCUGCAGCAAUGUGCAUGGUUGUUGCACGCACUGAAAAAGAUUCCCACAUUGUUGCUUUUUCCCAUGAAGUAGUUCCUUGUCUUGUGACUGAGGAUAUGACUUUACCACAAGUAUUACAGAAAAUGUCUGAGAUUCCCAAGGGUGCCACCAAUUGUUCUUCUCCAGUGCUGUGGGCCCAAAAGACAGGUGUAGCAGUUGAUGUUUUUAUUAUCUUCAUGGAUAGUGAGACUUUUGCUGGAGAUGUUCAUCCUGCCACAGCCUUGAGGCAGUACAGAGAGAGAAUGGGUAUUCCAUCCAAGUUAAUAGUUUGUGGAAUGACAUCCAGCAGCUUUACGGUUGCAGACCCAGAUGACAAAGGGAUGCUGGAUAUUUGUGGUUUUGAUACAGGAACACCCAUUGUCAUUCAAAACUUCAUUUUGGAUUUGAUCUAGACCUAUGAGCACCCACUUUUCUAAAGCUAUUAACUUCCUGAAGAUUUGACUGGGACCUAUCAAUUGAGUUAACAGACUCUGCUAAUUCAAGGCUAAGUUUCAUACCCCAGUUGGAAUGUUUAACGUUUGAAAAGGGAUGUAAAAUCAGGCAGUGGCAAACUCUCCUUUCUGAAUAUAUUGUUUACAUCUGUUGUGCAUAAUUCUAAAAGGCUUCCUAUUGCUUUUUAAAACUAAAUAUGAAAUACAGUGAAUGCUUUUAAUUUUUUAUAUUAGUUUAACUAUGACAAGGUAUUACAUCACUGUAGACUUUAUUUUCCUAGAAUGAAUUUACUGCAUUAGUCACAGGGAAUCAAAGGAUGAGAUAGGACAUCAUCUUUUUACACUGUUUUAGGUUAACAACUCUUUGAUUGAAUAACUUAUUGUACUGCCUAGGAAAAAUGAGCCACGUAUGCACUACAGGUUAUAUUACUUCUACAUUGCUCAUUAGUUCCUAUUAUUUUACAGCACAUUUACCUCUGGCAACUUGAUGCUCUCCUUGUUUUAGCAGAGAUUUUGUAUUGAGAAGUUUUAGGAUAUUUGGGAACAACUGGAUUCUUCCCAGGGAAAUUGACUUCUUGGUUAUACUCUAGCCUUCUAAAUUAUUUUUUGUUUCAAAACAAGCCUUGCAAAAAUCAGCAGUUUUGGCUACAUUAUGGUCUAAAUCAGUGUUUCUCAAACUUGGCAACUUUAAUUGUGGACUUCAACUUCCAGAAUUCUCCAA